AUGUGCGAAGUCUUCAUCUACAGACACGUCAAGUGCAAGUGUGUUUGGGGUCAGAUCGCCGUCCCCUGCGGUCCGGGCAUGGGCUACACGACGUGCGGACAAUUCGGCAACGGCAUUGCGAAGCAGCCUCUCCGGCUCCAAAAGGCGAGGCACCGUCCGUGUCCGACGCACGACAUGUACGGGCUGUACGACCGCAACCAGGUGCGGGUGAUCAGGAAGAUCACGCACGGCGUCAAGUUUGGGACAGGGCCGAGCAAGCAGGACGCCGGGGUCGAGGUAUCUUGCUGCACAGUCAUGUGA